GAGAAUAUAUAUUAUACAAUACUUGCUCAAGACACAUACGACCAUAGGAUUCUGAAUUCAGCGCUUCCCGUUCGCUCAGCGGUACUUAAGCAGAAUACCGGCGGAUUAGUAGUUAGGUGGGUGACCACUAGCGAAUCCCCGCUGUUGUAUGUUUUUGCUCUAAUUUCUCCUUUUCUCUAUAACGCUACGCCUCUUUUUGUUUGUACUCGCCCUUGA